AUGCGAGCGCCGAAAAGAAGAAUUGCUGACAGAGCUUCCGCGCAAGUUACUUCAGGGCCCACACCCUUCUCUCUAAUGUUUGGACGGGAGGUGAGGAUCAAACUGCCAGAGUUGAGAAGGGAAACUGUUGAUCUUAAUAGACAAGGAGUUCAUGAGAGAGACUGGUCCAGCAAGUUGAAAGGGAAGGCGUAUGCAGAGGAAAUGAGGGACGCUGUUUCCAAGUCUAUUGAACUCGGUGAUGAAGUGCUGCUCAGGGCGGAGAAGUCAAACAAGUUGUCAAGUAACUUCUGCCCUAGCCCUUUCGAAGUUAUCCGGAAGACGGGAGAGAGGUUACUGUCAGAGACUACGCCAGAUCGGAGAUUACCAACCUUGUCCCCAGGGCACUUUUCCCUAGGGACGAGGUUGGAAGAUCACAUGCCAUGCAACUUUCGUGAAGACGUACCAUGCCCAGGAAAGUCCCAGCGUAAACGGUCGUGA